AUGGACAGUGUCUCUGAGACUGCGCCACCCCAAAUAGAGGUAGCCUUAGCCAACUCACAAGAUGUAUCAAACUAUGUGUGCACUGUAGCACAUGCUCUGUUGGCUUGUAAUGAAGUUUUCGAAGAGUUUCUAAAUUUAAUAAUCGGAUCAGACGCAGUAUCUAAAUUUAUAGCUGACCCACAAAUUUCUGUAUUAGCUAUUGAUAGAUCUCUUCAUCGAGAUCAAAGUGGUGAUGCUGACACAGGUGAUGACAAUGAAAGUGCCAUUGUUCACUUCUCCGUUAGAAACGAUGUUUUCUAUAGAACUGAACGCAGUACUUCUGUUGUUUUUGUUAAGAAAGGUUCAGUUCUAGAAGCUGAUAAGCCAACUCCAGAGCAACUUAGAGUUAUUGUACUUAAUGAAGGAGAUCCAUAUGAUACACUUCUUUCCCUUAUUGGCAAGGCUAUCAAUCCAUUUUUCAAAUCUUACAUCAAGGAAAGUGGACGAGGAGAAAAAGACGGUGAUAAACUCGCUCCUGCUGUAGAAAAGUUGUUGAAUGAAGCUGAGGUAGCUCUCCUUCAUCUUCAACAAAAUAUUGACAUCCCUGAAAUCAAUUUGAUCAUCAACCCUCACAUCCAGUCUGCCAUUCAGAAAGCAGCCACUGAAGGAAGAAAAGCAAAAGUGUCCGAUUUGGGAGACAUGGUGGAAGACAACAUGUUCCUGAACACUUUAACGAAUGGCGUUGGACGUUGGAUCAAAGAGAUCAGAAAAGUUACUAAACUGGAACGUGAUCCUGGCUCAGGAACAUCUGUUCAAGAAAUGACAUUCUGGCUUAAUUUAGAAAGAGCACUACAAAAAAUUUCUCAGAAACGCGAGUCUGAUGAAGUUAUGUUAACAUUGGAAGCUCUUAAAUGUGGAAAGCGAUUCCAUGCUACCGUCUCUUUCGAUACAGACACUGGAUUAAAGCAAAUGGUUGCUACUGUUGCUGAUUACAAUUCUUUAAUGAAGGAUAUGCCUUUGAAUGAGCUGGUAUCAGCUACUGAUAUGGAUGGAAUAAGAUUUGCAAUUAGUAAUAUUUUCAAUCACAUGAAAAAAAUGAGAUCUACUAAAUACCCCGUUCAAAGAGCUUUGAGAUUUAUUGAAGCCAUAUCUCGCGAUGUGAACACUCAAAUUCUGAAAGUGUUAGGAACAAGGCGUCUUAUGAACAUCACGAUUGUUGAGUUUGAUCAGCUUAUGCAUCAAUGUUUCGCAUUGUUCCAAAAAUGGGAUGAAGAAUAUGAAAGAUUCAUAACUCUUUUGAGAGAUAUCUCGAAGAAAAAGAGAGAUACACCUAUGAAAAUGACUACUUGGAAGAUUCAGCCUGUCCAUAAGAAAUUGGAGAACCGUUUAACUCUUGCUCGUCAAUUCCGCAGACAGCAUGAGCAAUUAAGAACUGUUAUUGCUAGAGUUCUCCGACCAAAAGGAAGCAGAGAAAAAGAAGAGGAUUCUAUCAUAUCUGAAGAAUCUACCCCAAUAGAUCAAAUUGACUUAGCUUAUGAGUUCGUCAAGGAAGUAGAUUGCCUUGAUGUGUCUCCUGAAGGAAAUCUUUCAUGGGAAGCUGCUCACAGAAGAUAUGAUGAACAUAUUGAACGUGUUGAAACAGCAAUCACUUCUCGCUUGCGUGAUCAAUUGGAAUCCGCUAGAAAUGCCAAAGAAAUGUUCAACAUUUUCAGUCGUUUCAAUGCUCUUUUCAUCCGACCAAACAUUCGAGGAGCUAUUCGUGAAUAUCAAACUCAACUAAUUCAUCGUGUGAAGGAAGACAUUGAGAGUCUUCAGACUAAGUUUAUGAAACAAUAUGGGAGUAAUCAUAGCCAAAUGUUGACUGACGUUGUUGAUAUCCCUCCUGUCUCAGCCAAAAUCAUGUGGAUCAAACAAAUUGAAAGACAACUAUCCCUCUAUACUCAGCGUGUAGAGGAUGUAUUAGGAAAAGGAUGGGAAAAUCAUGUGGAAGGUCGACAGUUGAAAGCUGAAGGAGACAAUUUCCAGAAAAAGUUGAACACUGAGCCUCUCUUCGAGAAAUGGGUUGAAGAAGUCAGUGCCAAGAACUUUUCAACAUCCGGAAGAGUUUAUGCUAUUGAACGAAAAACAAAAGAUGCGAAGCCCUAUCAUCACCUCAAAGUCAACUUCUCACCGGAAAGUAUAGUCCUACACAAAGAGGUCCGUAACUUGAAGGCGAUGAACUUCCGUGUUCCUCUCAAGAUCGUAAACGCUGCUCAUCAAGCCAACCAACUCUACCCCUGUGCUAUUAGUUUACUAGAAUCAGUGAAAACUUAUGAAUCUAUCAACGAACGCCUAGCUGGAAAAGAUGGAAUUAAAACUCUGGUCGCGAGUUAUCACAAAGAGAUUCAGAACCAAAUAGCUGAAGGUUAUCAAUUGACGUGGGAAUCUUAUAAGAUUGAUCCUUAUGUCAGUAAGUUGGCUGAUACCAUCAAUAGCUUUGAGGAACGCGUCGAGGAAUUGAUUUUCAUAAUGGAUCAAAUCGACGUCGAUCUCGCUGCGCUAGAAACAUGCCAGUAUAACUCCGCAACAAUAUCUGCGCUCCUAACUUCAAUUCAAAAGUCUGUAGAUAGUUUGUCUCUUGGCAACUAUUCGAACCUCAAUCAUUGGGUAGAUAAAUUGGACAAGACGAUCGAAGGAAAACUCUCAGCAAGAGUCGAAAGUGCGAUCAAGCUCUGGUCGUUAGUAUAUAAUGAAAGCGAAGAAGUAGAAGAGUUUAAAGAACGAAACGUUGCCCUUCCCCCUGUCCAUAACAUUGGAAUCGAGAUCAGACUAACAGCUCAAACAUUAUACAUUAGUCCUUCGAUAGAAUGGACUCGUGCUAGGCUACUAGAACAACUUACUGAGUGGCAUGCUGUUGUAACGAACCAGCCAAGAAUAAGUAGUACACGAUUCGAAUUGGCCAUGAACAGAGAGCUUCAAACGACCUACAAAGAUGUACUUUGUCGAUUGCCAAGCGGUUUAGCUGUUAUUAUGGAGGCAUAUAACACCAUUGAUAACAUCAUGUCAAAGGUCGAAGACUACGUUAACGAAUGGUUGAGAUACCAAGCUCUUUGGGACCUUCAAGCAGAAAUCUUGUAUGAAAGACUAGGAACUGAUUUAUCGAAAUGGAUGAAAACGCUUGUUGAAAUUCGCAAGAGUCGAAGCACAUUUGACACUCAAGAUUACCAAAAGGCUAUAUUCCCAGUUGUCAUCGAUUAUUCUAAAGUUCAAUCGAAAGUUUCCCUGAAAUAUGAUUAUUGGCAUAAGGAAGUUCUUCAAAAGUUCGGAUCUGCUCUCGGAGGGGAAAUGCAGCAGUUCUUCGGUGUUGUAUCCAAAUGGAGAGAGGAAUUGGAAUCUCAAACUGUUGACGCUGGAACAACUAGUGACGCUGUAGCCCUUAUCACAUACGUACAAACAUUGAAGAAACAAACUAAAGCUGGCCAAGAUUCAGUUGAUCAAUUCCGUGCUGCCCAACGUUUGUUAACUCAGCAAAGAUACCAGUUCCCUAACCAAUGGUUAUACGCGGAAAAUGUUGAUGGAGAAUGGACAGCGCUCGUUGAUAUUCUUAUGCGUAAGGAUUCCUCUAUUCAAUCUCAGAUUAGCAAUUUACAAACAAAGAUUUCGGAAGAAGAUGAAUUGGUCGAGAAACGCACGUUGGAAACGCUCUCCGAAUGGGAACGUUCUAAACCUGUAGAAGGGUCUCAUCGUCCUCAGGAUGCCUUGAGCUCGAUCACUCAGUUCGAGCAGAAAAUGCAAAAGUUAUCCGAAGAUAGAGACAAGAUGCGUAAAGCUCGUAACGCCUUGGACAUGGCUGAUACGGGUGUGUCAUCCGAAGCAGACAAGCUUGCUGUAGCGUCAGAGGAGUUAGGAGAUUUGAAGGGCGUUUGGCAGAAUCUUCUCCCGAUUUAUAAUGUCGUUGAUGAUAUCAAAGAGAAAACUUGGCUUUCUGUACAACCUCGUAAGCUGCGUCAAUCUUUGGAUGAGCUGAUGAAUCAAUUGAAGCAUCUACCAGUAAAAUACAAAAGUUAUAAAAGUUAUGAAUACGCCAAGCAGAUGAUGCAUAACUAUUCGAAGAUGAACAUCCUGAUUUCUGAAUUAAAAUCGGAAGCUUUGAAAGAACGUCAUUGGAGACAGAUGAUGAAGGAGUUGAGAGUUAAUUGGAACCUUUCUGAGCUCACGCUUGGCCAAGUCUGGGAUGCAGACCUCCAAAGACAUGAACACACUAUCAAACAAAUUCUUCUCGUUGCUCAAGGAGAGUUAGCUUUAGAAGAAUUCUUGAAACAGAUGAGAGAUUUCUGGCAAACUUAUGAAGUUGAGCUUGUGAACUAUCAGCAAAAGACACGUCUCAUCAAAGGAUGGGAUGAGCUCUUCAGCAAACUGAAGGAGCAUCAGAAUUCCUUGGCUGCUAUGAAAUUGUCACCUUAUUAUAAACAGUUUGAAGAGGAUGCUGUUUCUUGGGAGGAAAAGUUGAAUAAAAUUAGUGCAAUGUUCGACGUCUGGAUUGAUGUGCAAAGAAGAUGGGUAUAUCUGGAAGGAUUAUUCAGUGGAUCUGCUGAUAUAGCUAAUCUUUUACCAGUGGAAAGCUCCCGGUUUUCAAGCAUUUCGACCGAGUUUCUGGCUUUGAUGAAGAAAGUCACUGCUGCUCCAAGAAUUUUAGAUGUAGUUCACAUGCAAGGUGCUCAAAGAUUGUUGGAAAGACUUGCUGAUAUGCUGGCUAAGAUUCAGAAGGCUCUUGGAGAGUAUCUUGAGAGGGAAAGAUCUUCAUUCCCAAGAUUCUACUUUGUGGGAGACGAAGAUCUGUUAGAAAUUAUGGGUAACAGUAAGGAUAUCAGUCGGCUUCAAAAGCAUCUUAAGAAAAUGUUUGCUGGAGUCAGCGCAAUUGAUGUUGGAGAAGAAGACAAAAUAAUUACUGCUCUGCACAGUAGAGAGGGUGAACGUGUUGAAUUGGUUCAACCUGUGGCCACUAAGGAUAUCCGUAUCAAUGACUGGCUUAAGGCUUUGGAAUCAGAAAUGAAACACAGUCUUGCUAGAAAGCUUGCUGCAUCUCUCUUACACUUUUCUAAGUUAGAUAUCGAAGUUGUCAAACCUGAUGAGUACAUGGAAUGGCUCGAUAAAUACCCAGCGCAAGUGAUUGGACUCACCGCUGAAAUCUGGUGGUCUAAUCAAAUGGAAGCUACGUUAGCUGAUGGAAAGGGAGUCGAAGGUGUAGAGAAGGCCGUUGCUGCCACAUUGGCCCUGCUCGCCGAUUCAGUCUUAAAGGAUCAACCACCAAUCCGUCGUAAAAAAAUUGAAGCAUUGAUUACCGAAUUUGUCCACAAACGAGAUACAUGUCGUAAACUCGCUCAACAAGGUGUGAAGAAUCAAAAUGAUUUUGCUUGGCUGCAAUGUAUGAGAUUCUACUUCGAUCCCAAACAGCUGGACCCCAUGAAAUGCUGUAUAGUCAAGAUGGCUAACGCACGCUUCUUCUAUGGAUUCGAGUACUUGGGAAUACAGGAGCGCUUGGUGCGAACACCAUUAACUGACAGAUGUUUCCUCACUAUGACUCAAGCCCUUCAUGCUAGACUUGGAGGAUCACCAUUCGGUCCUGCAGGAACUGGUAAAACUGAGUCGGUCAAAGCUCUUGGUCAUCAGUUGGGUCGUUUCGUUCUCGUGUUCAAUUGUGAUGAAACUUUCGACUUCCAAGCCAUGGGAAGAAUUCUUGUUGGUUUGUGCCAAGUUGGUGCUUGGGGUUGCUUCGACGAGUUCAAUCGUUUGGAAGAAAGAAUGCUGUCUGCUGUUUCUCAGCAAAUCCAAACUAUUCAAGAAGCUGUUCGUGCCGGUGGAGAUAUGACCGUCGACUUAGUCGGAAAAGUGUUGACAGUUAACAGCAACAUUGGAAUAUUCAUCACCAUGAACCCCGGCUAUUCCGGCCGUUCUAACCUUCCUGAUAACUUGAAGCAGUUAUUCCGAAGCUUAGCCAUGACUCAACCAGAUCGUCAACUUAUUGCUCAAGUCAUGCUUUUCUCUCAAGGAUUCAGAACCGCUGAAGCCUUAGCUAACAAGAUAGUACCACUAUUCAUUUUGUGUAAAGAACAACUAUCUGCUCAAUGUCACUACGAUUUUGGUCUCCGUGCUUUGAAGUAUGUGCUUGUGUCUGCUGGUAAUAUUAAGCGAGAUAAGCUUUCUAAAAUGGGACCAGCUGCUCUAGAAGAUGCUGCCGAGCAACAGAUGCUUAUUCAAUCUGUAUGCGAAACCUUAGUACCUAAACUCGUUAGUGAAGAUAUCGCUCUGUUAUCUUCGCUCUUGUCGGACGUUUUCCCAUCCGUACAGUAUACUCCUAAUCCUAUGAGCGAACUUCGAGAGCACUUGGAACAAGUAUGCAGAGAAAAUAUCCUUUGCUAUUCCAACGCUAAAGAUGAACUCGGUGGAACUUGGGUUGAAAAAGUUCUUCAACUAUACCAAAUCACUAACCUUAAUCAUGGUUUGAUGCUUGUCGGAGCUAGUGGUAGCGGAAAAACUACUGCCUGGAAAGUUCUGCUGAAAGCUCUGGAGAGAUUUGAAAAGAUCGAAGGAGUUGCUCAUGUAAUCGACGCCAAGGCCAUGAGCAAAGAUGCUUUGUACGGAGUGAUGGAUCCUAACACUCGUGAGUGGACUGAUGGUUUGUUCACAUCUGUCAUUAGAAGAAUUAUUGAUAAUGUUCGUGGUGAAAGUGAGAAACGUCAAUGGAUUAUCUUUGAUGGUGACGUUGAUCCUGAGUGGGUUGAAAACUUGAAUUCUGUUCUUGAUGACAAUAAGCUCUUAACAUUGCCUAAUGGAGAACGUCUUGCGAUCCCACCUAACGUUCGCAUAAUCUUCGAAGUGUCAGAUCUGAAAUAUGCUACUCUUGCAACUGUCUCCAGAUGUGGUAUGGUAUGGUUCUCUGAAGAAGUCAUUCACAUCGACAUGCUCUUUGACCAUUACUUGGAACGUCUUAAUAAUGUAUCCAUUGAUACUGAAGUAACCGUCGGAGGAAACCUUAAUCUCGUUGGGGAGGGUACUCCUACUCGGCCAAUCUUUGUUCAGAGAUGCGCUGCCAACGCUCUGCGACCACAUUUCCAGCCAGAUGGAAUCGUUCCUAUAUCCCUGAGUUAUGCCAUUAGUAAGUUGGAUCAUAUCAUGGUGCCAACUCAGCAAAGAUUGCUCUCCUCUUUCUUCGCAAUGAUGAAUUAUAGCGUCAGAAAUAUUGUAAACCACGACUACACCCAAGGCGAUUUCCCACUUUCGGAAGAACAAAUCGAAACAUAUAUUCAACGUAUCAUGCUAACCAACAUUGUUUGGGCAUUCAGUGGAGAUGGCAAAUGGAAAAGUCGUCAACAGAUGAGCGAUUUCGUUAGAAGCUCUACUACCGUCACUUUACCACCCAACGCACAAGCUUGUUUGAUUGAUUACGAAGUUCAAAUGAGCGGAGAUUGGCAACAAUGGGUUGCUCGGGUACCUUCGAUGGAAAUCGAGGCUCAUCGCGUUGCUGCUGCCGACUUGGUCGUUCCAACAAUUGAUACAGUCAGACAUGAGAUGCUCUUGGCCACUUGGUUGUCUGAACACAAACCACUUGUUCUUUGUGGACCUCCAGGAUCAGGAAAGACUAUGACUUUGUUAGCCGCCCUCAGGUCUCAACAAGAUAUGGACGUGGUCAACGUCAACUUCUCUUCGUCUACUACACCUGAACUUCUAAUGCGAACAUUCGAACACUAUUGCGAAUACAGACGCACACCCAAUGGUGUCGUAUUAGCUCCUCUUCAGUUGUCCAGAUGGUUGGUUAUAUUCUGUGACGAAAUUAACUUGCCUUCGCCUGAUAAGUAUGGAACUCAAAGAGUUAUAUCUUUCCUUCGUCAACUUGUUGAAAUGAAUGGAUUCUACCGCUCUUCUGAUCACUCUUGGGUCUCUCUGGAAAGAAUACAGUUUGUCGGAGCUUGUAAUCCACCAACUGAUCCUGGUCGUCAUCCAAUGUCUCUGAGAUUCUUGCGCCAUGUGCCUGUCGUAUAUGUGGACUAUCCUGGACAGACAUCUCUACUCCAAAUUUAUGGAACAUUCAAUAGAGCAAUGUUGAAGAUGACUCCUUCUGUACGUGCAUUGGCUGAUGCUUUGACUAACGCCAUGGUUGAUGUAUAUCUUGCCAGUCAAGAACAUUUCACUCAAGAUGAUCAACCUCAUUAUGUAUAUUCUCCUCGUGAGCUUACACGCUGGGUUCGUGGUAUCUCUGAAGCGAUUGCGCCACUGGAUGGACUCACUGCUGAUGACUUGUUACGUCUUUGGGCUCAUGAAGCUCUUAGAUUAUUCCAAGACAGACUUGUCACUGACGAUGAAAGAAGGUGGACUGAUGAGCUUAUCGACUCUACUGCUGAGAAAUAUUUCUCUGGUGCCUGCAAUGUUUCAAAUGCUCUUGUUCGACCUAUUUUGUAUUCAUGCUGGAUGUCGAAAGAUUAUGUACCAGUUACUAGAGAUGAACUUAAGGACUAUGUUCAAGCUCGACUCAAAGGCUUCUACGAGGAAGAACUUGAUGUUCAACUUGUUCUGUUUGAUCAAAUGCUCGAUCACGUACUUAGAAUCGACAGAAUUUAUCGUCAACCUCAGGGCCAUCUUCUGCUCAUAGGAACAGCUGGUGCCGGAAAAACUACUCUGUCGAGAUUCGUGGCAUGGCUUAAUGGUUUGAGUGUCUUCCAGCUCAAAGUUCAUUCUAAAUACACUGCUGCUGACUUCGACGAAGACAUGAGGACAGUUCUUAGAAGAGCUGGUUGUCGAAAUGAAAAAAUGUGCUUCAUCAUGGACGAGUCAAACAUGCUUGACACUGGUUUCUUAGAAAGAUUGAAUACUCUCCUAGCUAACGGAGAGGUACCGGGACUAUUCGAGGGUGAUGAGCAUACCACACUCAUGACUCAAAUCAAAGAAGGAGCUCAAAGACAAGGAUCAAUGUUGGAUAGUCAUGAUGAGCUUUAUAAAUGGUUCACCGCUCAAGUUAUGAGGAAUCUUCACGUUGUGUUCACCAUGAAUCCUAGUGGAAGCGGUUUAAGAGAACGAGCAUCUACAUCUCCUGCUCUCUUCAAUCGUUGUGUCCUGAAUUGGUUUGGAGAUUGGUCUGACACUGCCCUCUACCAGGUUGGUAGUGAGCUCACAAACAAGUUGGAUAUGGAUCGAUCCGAUUACGAAGCUCCUCUCGGAAUUAAGCCUGUCUGUGAACUUCUGCCAAGUCCACUCACAUACCGUCAUGCUGUUAUUAACACUUUGGUUCAAUGUCACAAAGCUGUUCAAAAGCUUAAUGAUCAAGAGCAGAAGCGUGGACAUCGUGUCAUGGCUGUAACUCCACGACACUUCUUAGAUCUUAUUAAGCAUUUCAUGAACUUGUUCCAUGAAAAGCGCCAAGAACUUGAAGAGGAAAAGAUUCAUUUGAAUAUCGGUUUGAAUAAGAUCAGGGAAACUGAAGAGCAAGUCAAAGAACUUCAAAAGAGUUUAACCCUUAAGAGUCGGGAACUCGAAGAAAAGAAAACUGCUGCUAAUGCUAAGUUGAAAGAAAUGCUUGAUGAUCAACAGAAAGCAGAAGAUGAGAAGAAAUUAUCGGAACAACUCCAAAAAGAGCUUGCCGAACAGUUAACUCAAAUUGCUGCAAAGAAAACAGAAGUUCAGAAAGAUCUUAGCCAAGUUGAACCUGCCGUUGAAGAAGCUCAAAAUGCCGUCAAGGGAAUUCGCAAAAAUCAAUUGGUCGAAGUUCGUUCUAUGGCUAGUCCUCCUGUCAUGGUUAAACUAGCUCUGGAAGCUAUCUGUAUAUUGUUAGGAGAAAAUGUUGGAACUGACUGGAAGGCUAUCCGUGGUGUCAUGGUUAAAGAUGACUUCAUGACUCGAAUUCUUGCAUUUGAUACUGACAACAUUAGUCCUGAAAUCUUGAAGCAGAUGGAGAAAUACGUCAGUAAUCCAGACUGGGACUUUGAGAAGAUCAACAGAGCUUCUCAAGCUUGUGGACCUAUGGUCAAAUGGGCUAAGGCACAGCUUCUAUACUCUGAAAUGCUUCAUAAGGUUGAACCUUUACGUAAUGAGUUGAACCGUCUUGAAAAAGAUGCUCACAAAAAAACUAAUGAGGGAGAAGAAAUCAAAAAGCGUAUCGAUCAAUUAGAGCAGUCCAUUUCUGCUUAUAAAGAUGAAUAUGCUCAACUUAUUGGACAGGCUGAAAGCAUCAAAAUGGAUCUUGCAUCUGUUCAAGAAAAAGUUGGAAGAUCAACUGAACUUCUUUCAUCUUUGGGAUCUGAGAGAGAUCGUUGGUCCAAAGGAUGCAACGGAUUCGAUCAACAUAUGGAUACCUUGGUUGGAGAUGCUUUAUUAUCUGGAGCGUUCUUAUCAUACGCUGGUUACUUUGACCAACAGCUUCGUGAUCUUCUGUUCCACAAGUGGACUGAUUCUGUUCAACAAUCUGGUGUCAAAUUCCGUCCAGAUUUAGCUAGAAUCGAAUAUCUUUCUACUGUUGACGAGAGACUGCAAUGGCAGCAGAAUGCUUUGCCUGUUGAUGAUUUGUGCUCUGAAAAUGCUGUCAUGUUGCACAGAUUUAACCGAUAUCCUCUGAUCAUUGAUCCUUCGGGACAGGCAGCUGAGUUUAUUAUGAAGCAAUUCGCAGGAAGAAAUAUUCAGAAAACAAGCUUCUUGGAUGACUCAUUCAGGAAGAACCUUGAAAGCGCCCUUCGGUUUGGAAAUUCCCUACUUGUUCAAGACGUCGAGAGCUACGAUCCUAUUCUCAAUCCUGUACUUAAUAGGGAAGUCAAGCGGACUGGAGGACGUAUUCUCAUCACCAUUGGGGAUCAAGACAUCGAUUUGUCUCCUGCCUUCCAGAUCUUCCUCAUCACACGAGAUCCUUCUGUUGAAUUUACUCCUGACGUUUGCUCGCGAGUUACUUUCGUUAACUUCACAGUUACAAGCUCUUCACUCGCAAGUCAAUGUCUUAACCAAGUCCUUCGCAGUGAACGGCCUGAUGUAGACAAGAAGAGAAGUGACCUUCUCAAACUACAGGGAGAAUUCGCUGUUCGAUUACGCCAUCUUGAGAAGGCUUUGUUGGCCGCUCUUAACGAAAGUAAAGGAAAGAUUCUGGACGAUAAUUCUGUCAUUGGAACUCUGGAAAAACUUAAGACUGAAGCCUCAGAAGUAGCUAGUAAAGCUGCUGAAACCGACAAGGUUAUGGCUGAAGUCGAAGCUGUUUCUGCGCAGUACCAACGUCUUGCUGCUGCCUGUUCUCAAAUCUAUCACACUCUUCAACAACUGAGCGAAGUUCACUUCUUAUAUCAUUACUCACUGGACUUCCUUCUUGGAAUCUUCACUUACAUCCUCAAAUCUCCCGAGCUUCAGCAACUCCAAGACCAUAAACAACGUCUUCAAAUAAUUACAUCAAAUCUUUUCCAGACGGUCUAUAAAAGAGUUUCACGGGGUAUGCUCCAUACAGACAAAGUUCUUUUGGCUCUAUUGCUUAUGAGAAUUCACAUUCGUGGUGUUUCCAAUGAGCCAGCUUACGAUCGCCAUUGGGACUUCCUUUUGGGUCGAAGCGAGCUCUUCACAGGAAAAGCAAAUGCUGCUGCAGCUCCACCUGGAAAAUUAUCUUAUUUAUCAAGUGCUCAAAUGCAAGCUCUUAUCAAAGCUACCAAGCUACCUGGAUUUGAAAAGAUUAUUGCUACGAUGGAGUCCGAUGCUGAAGAUCUCCAUUCAUGGAUGAAACUGGAUAAUCCUGAAUCUCACGUACCAGCAAUCUGGGAGAAGACUGAAAAACUUACCCCAAUCGGAGAGUCACUGAAUGAGCUGAUUGUAGUUAAUUGCUUGAGACCCGAUCGUCUGAUGGCUUCCGCUCACAGAUUAGUUUCAACUGUUUUCGGUGAAGGAUUCAUGCAACAGGAUAAAGUUAUUGAUCUCGGAGAAAUCAUUGAUCAAGAGAUUUCGUCGUCUGAACCAAUCCUUCUCUGUUCGGCAACUGGUUACGAUGCUUCCGGAAAAAUUGAGGAUCUCGGUGUAGACACUAACAGACAAGUUACUUCAAUCGCUAUUGGUUCAGCUGAAGGAUUUAGCCAAGCAGACUCGGCUUUGACUGCGGCUUCCAAAUCUGGUCGAUGGGUACUGCUCAAGAACGUUCAUCUUGCUCCUCAAUGGCUGGGACAACUUGAGAAACGAUUACAUACUUUGAAACCACAUAAUCAGUUCCGUUUGUUCCUUACUGCUGAGAUUCAUCCCAAGUUGCCUGCCUCUGUUUUAAGAGCAUCGCGUUGCGUUGUUUUCGAACCAGCUACCGGUCUAAAGGCUAACUUGCUUCGAUCGUUCUCAGCUCUAACAGCUACUCGUCUAGCUAAGCCACCAGUAGAACGUAGUAGAUUGUAUCUACUCGUUUGCUGGUUGCAUGCUUUAGUUCAAGAGAGAUUAAGAUACACACCUCUUGGAUGGGCAAACGCAUAUGAAUUUUCUGAUGCUGAUUUGCGUGUCGCAUGUGAUACUCUUGAUGCCGCAAUGGAUUCUGUCGCUCAAGGCCGUGCCAACGUUGCUCCAGAUAAACUUCCAUGGACAACUCUCCGAACCCUUCUCAGUCAAUGCAUUUAUGGAGGAAAGAUAGACAACCACUUCGAUCAAGUGCUUCUUGACUGUAUUUUGGAAAAAUUGUUCACACCCAAAUCCUUUGAACCUGAUCACGUACUGAUAACCAAGUUUGACGCAGAUCAAUCUUUAUGCACUCCUGAUGUUUCCCAAAGAGAUCAACUAAUUGCUUGGGUAGAAGGCUUGAAAGCUCAUCAGUUACCAUCAUGGCUUGGCCUAUCAAACAACGCAGAAAAAGUUCUGCUAACCCUGAGAGGUGAAAGUAUGUUGAGAAAUAUGCUAAAGGUUUCUGACGACGAACUCGCGUUCUCGACAGAUGGGGAAGAAGAAGUAAAGCCGCAAUGGAUGGCUCAACUUAGUGAGCUUGUGCAGCAUUGGUUGAAGAUCUUACCGAACAAUGUCACUCGUAUGAAGCGUACAGUGGAGAACAUUAAAGAUCCUUUGUUCCGUUUCUUUGAAAGAGAAGUGAACUUUGGUAUUGGCCUUCUCACUGAUAUCAGACAUGACUUGGAAGAUGUGUUAGCCGUUUGCAAAGCUGAACGUAAACAGAGCAAUGAAACUAGGGCUCUCGCCUCUGCCUUACAGAAAGGACAAGUACCAUCGGAUUGGCGCAGAUACACUGUUCCUAACAGUGUUACUGUCAUGGACUGGAUGCUUGAUUUUGUUGAGAGAAUGAAACAACUUAUUCGCGUCUCAUCAAGCGAUAAUCUUAAGAAAGAAGAAGUCUGGCUUGGUGGAACAUUCUCUGCGGAAGCUUAUGUUACUGCUACUAGACAGCAAAUCGCUCAGAUUAAUACUUGGUCUCUCGAACAAUUACAUCUUCAUAUUAAUAUAGGACGAACAGAUAAAACUGAUGUCUUCAGAAUUACUGGUGUUGAGUUGCGUGGUGCCGAGGCUGCUGGCGGAAAUUCCCUCAAAUUAUCAGAUGAAGUUGGCUACUUCUGUGACUGCGUUGAGUUUUCAUGGAGACAGGAAGCUCCUGGUGGUGUUCAGUUGCCACUUUAUUUAUAUGGUGAUCGUAAGCAAUUGGUUACUUCUGUUGCUUUCAAUGCCUCACCGAUGACGGCCUUCUUCGAGCGGGGAGUUGCUGCUGUCGCUAAUUCUUCUCUAAAUUAA